GUGAGUUGAAAACAUGGCAUCAUUGCAACAGUAGGUCAGAAGACGGGACCGGUUGACAGAAAGUUUGCUAUUCUACUACGAUUAUGUGUCGUUCGUUGCGUAGUGUCAUCGUGCGUUAUAUCGACUUGACGAAAAAAUUACUGAAAAGUCGCUUGUCAGCGACAGUUAUAAUCAUUUACGGCAAGAAUAACGUGAAUCGAAAGUAAUUAGCUGGCAGUGUGUGGUGCUGUGGGGCAGGAGACGAUGAGGGUCGGGGGGAUAAUUCGGGUGGCGACUUGAGGGCAGAAAUGUUGAAAUUUGGUAGUAAAAGUGACGUUACGGUGGUGCAUCGCGCCACUAUUCGACUUCUAGACGACGCCGAAAUUAUCCACUGCGACUUUCAGCCUCAGGACAAAGGAAGGUAUAUUCUCGAAUAUGUAUGCAAGCAACUCAAUAUCCUGGAAACGGAUUAUUUUGGGCUUCGUUACAUGGAUCAUUGUAGGCAAAGGCAUUGGUUAGAUCUGGCAAAAACAGCGAUUAAGCAAGUAAAAGACAUGGAUCCGAUUCUGUUCAGUUUUCGUGUGAAAUUUUAUCCACCGGAUCCUCUGAGGUUGAAAGAAGAAAUAACUAGGUAUCAGGUUUACCAGCAGCUUAAGAGAGACCUUCUUCAUGGCCGACUAUAUUGCAGUCCGGGUGAAGCAGCGCUGCUCGCCGCAUGCAUCGUGCAAAGUGAAAUAGGAGAUUAUGAUCCUAAACUACACGAAGGAAAUUACAUUUCCGAGCACAAAUUACUGCUUAAACAAACGGAAGCUAUCGAGGAGAAAGCUAUGAAACUGCAUCAAACAGAAUUGAAGGGAUUCACCCCGGAGCAAGCGGAAACUCACUUUCUUAGAUUAGCGUCGCAAUUGGACACGUAUGCCGUUGACCCACACCCUGUCAAGGACCAAAAAGGUGCGCAAUUAUAUCUCGGCAUUAAUCAUUGUGGAAUCCUAACGUUUCAAGGAUCCCGUAAAACACACCAUUUCCGCUGGCCGGAGGUUCAAAAAAUCAACUUCGAAGGAAAAAUGUUUAUUGUACAUUUAACGAUAAGCGAGGACGUGAGAACAAAGAAAAAGCACACAGUUGGGUUUAAGUGUCCCACGGGAUCGAACUGCCGCCACGUAUGGAGAUGCGCCAUCGAGCAAAUGUUAUUUUUCACAUUACCUAGGGCAUCGGAUGCACCGGUUGUAAGCGGUGGAUCUAUCUUCUCUUGGGGUACGAAAUUCAAAUAUACUGGCAGGACAGAGAAGGAAGUUUUAGAGGAAACGGGUCCACUUCGGAAGGAAGAACCACCCAUACAGCGCUGUCAAACGACGUGUCUUAGAAGAAAAGCUAGCAGUGUGCCAGCUACCCCCAGUACCCCUAGUCAAGAUCUCGUCGAAAUAAGAUAUUCCAGUUUGCCACGUAGCUGUCACAGUGCAGGUUUGGACGGUGCUGGAAUGUCAGAAGGUAGUACCGGCGUUCCAUUCAGUUCACCUUAUUGUCCAGAUAACACUUUACCACUUCUAGAACCUGUCUCGGAGGACCAAGAAAUUCAUGGCAGAAGAAAUAACGCAGUAGACGAAAAUGAUACGCAUGUGAGAGCCACCCACAACACCACCACCACUACCACCACCACCACUACCACCACCAUCACUUUCAACACCACCACAAAUCGUGCGAAAGUUAGAAUGAAAUAUCCCAAGAGCACGCCGAACCGACCUCAGCCAUUGUACAGUCAAAAGAUAGUGAUAGGUUCGGAGGAGUUAGUCGGCCGUAACAUCGAUAAUGUCGUCAGGCAACGUAUAAACGCCCUCGAAAAGAGUCCGAAGGUGGUCAGGUCGACCGCUUUGAUCAUAAAGAGUUCGAAAGUGGCGGCAGAAUCGCUGAAAGCUGGUAAAGAAAUCGCGAACGAGACGUACGUGUUCCCGGCAGCCGAUUCGGGAACGAUCAUCACGACGGUGAUAGACGGUCCAUUCGAUUCUAACACCGGUAAGACGAUCUUGCGCAGGUCUAACGAGCAGGUAAGCAUGCUCGUUCGUCAGGAGAAUGAGGUUGAAUGUCGCGGCAUCGCUUCCACCACGAAAACGGCAAACGGUUACAUUGCAUCGGCGACAAGUGACGUCGAAGACGUUAGAAACGGAGUCGAAGCCACGAAACGACGGCAAAGGACAGCCGGUCAGCACGAAGGUGUAAUUAACGACUAUUACUUUAGAGAUUCUUUCGAUCAUUCGUCGUCGGAAAGCCAACUAUUGGAUGCAUCGGGCAAACCGCACAGUCGCUCGGUGACCCCGGUGCCACAAAUGCAGAAACUUCAAAACUCGAAAGUUUGUCUCCAGCAGCAGCAGCAACAACAGCAACAACAGUACCAGCAUCAGCGGCAAUCCAGUCGACGUUCACACGCUGCGAAACUGAGGCACAAGAGUGUUCGAGUCACGAGGCUUUUCAUUCCAGCUUUCAUGCUGACGAUCACCGUCUUGUUUAUCGUGAUCGUCAUGGUAUUCGAGACGGAUACGACGCUUUUCAAUAACUUGCGCAAGACACCAGAAAUGGUGGCCUUAAAGAACCAAUACUAUGUCCCUAUUAAGGAGUUCUUGAGGACAAAGCUCGGCCUAUUUUGAUGCGACCCGACGAUGACCAGGCUGAGGUCGCCCUUUGUCGCUAAGUAACUUCCUUCAGUGCCAAGUCGAGAAGACACGUUGCCGAGACCGAGGAGCAAGGGUAUCGUUUCUUGUUCAUCCGUCGUUUCCUCUUUCGUGAUUCGCACACGGCGGAACCACUUGUACUUUUCUUUUUAUAUCUCCUUGAUUUUCCUAUCUCCGAAUCGACGCAGAUACGAGCCACCUAUUCGCCAAAUCGAUUAACUUCGCGAAACGGAAAGUGCGGAAGAUCGAUGAAAUUGUACAAGUACGAGACACGAGCUCUGUGACGCUAAAAUUUCGCAAAUUUCGCGCCUGCAGUUAAUCGCUUUGGCCUGUGAAGCCGAAGGUUCGGUUAGCAUUAGCCGGUAUUCGAAGCUUUUAAACGAAUGCCGCUGUUUUAAUUCUGCUGCGUUCCUUCGAUCGAUGGGCCAAUUUCGACCUAGUGUAUUUUUUUAACGUACGUACGGAAUGUCUGAGGUUUUGUUUCAAUUUUAUAUCGAGCAUUUUCUUAGGACGUUAACGGUCUUCUUAUUUCCCUAGAGAUAAGAGCAAGAUCGCGAUAGAAAAAUUCGAGGCUCGCAGCAGGAUUAACGCAGCAACAACGUACCACCGUUUAAAUUGGCAAGAGACGAUCGGAUGAUAUACAGUGGCUCGCAAGAGCGUUCGUACAUCUGGCAUGGACAAAUUCUAAGCGCAUAUCGUGCGUGUUAUAUAAAACAUUUUUUGAAAUUUCGUUAGCACGCGUUUAUUAAAAAGUCAGCGUAUCGUAUGAAUAAUUGGCGACAUGUUUAUCAUUCUUUAACCGUUUAUCGGAUUUAUCUGAUUUUCCCGUGUUGUAACUUUCGUAUACCUGUUUAGAGCGGUUUAAGGCUUCAAUACAACGACGAUAGUUGUUUCAUGUUUAUAGUAUCGACGAAACACGUGCAAUAGGUUGAAAAGAGGCACCGACAAGCGCAAGAAUACUUUGGCGAGCCACUGUACCGAUACGAUAAUACGAUAAAAGAUUUCGAAUCACGAGAGCGCGAAAUAUCGAUACGAAUCUACACUUUUAUUAAAUACCAUCGUCCGCGAUAAAAAAUACCUUUGUUUUACUAUUUGUUUACUUUUUGCACUACUACCUACGUAUAUUGAAAUCUUAGUAACUUAACAUACAUACAUACAUAUAUAUAUAUAUAUUUACUCUGACAAAGACAAAGUGUUUUGUACAAAAUAUUUACAUCGCGAGUACUCGUGUUUGCUAAGUUACGCGUAAAUUUGACAAGUUGUUAGAAAACUUUGUUACAGUACGUUUAUCAAAUUUAUUUAAUAAAUUUAGAUGAAAGUCAGUUUUUACGUAUUACUAUUAUACAUGUAUAUGUAAUGUAUAGAAUGUGUGGCAAAUCGAGAAAGUCAUAUUUAUAUUUAAAUACAAAAGUAGAUAAUACACACGGGUGUACGUUCUCAAAUUACGAUUAGCGAUAGAAUAGAGAUCAUGAGCAGAGACAUCAGCUAGUACGCUGCACAACAUACUUUUUACUCUUUUUCCGUAUAGUGAAAUCACGUUAUGUAUGUUUUGAUUUGCUAGUGGAAGCAUACCAUGUAUCAAGAUCAUUGCAUUUUCUAACGUGUAAUAUUCGAUCGCUGUGUUAUUUAUUUUUCUAAAUAGCGCCAUACCUUGGCCAUUUCCCAGGCUUAAAAAUCUUACAGCCCGUGGCAAUUGUAAUCUUCGUUGACGGAUAUGAAAUUUCGUUAACGAUCUUUCGUUGGAAAGAAUAACUCGCUAAAUUAAAAGGUCGUAGCUCGUUUGAUUUUAUUACCAUUAGGAAAUGCAAUGACCGAACGUGACCGUGCAAAUAUACGUUUAAACGAGUACUUAAUUUUGUAUUUCAGCAACAGUACAGUAUACGUAGGAUAUUCAGCAUGCGCAAUCAUAAAAAUUAUUCGUUGAUAAACGAAUAAGCAAGGCUAAAUACCGUAAACGUAAGAUCUGCUUUUGUCGUAAACUUUUAGUUGUCAUAGUAUAUUUAACAAACUUUUAUAAGGUAAUUUAAUAGAUCUUGUAAGAUAGAAUGGGGCAAUACGAGGUGCAAUCAGGUAGUAUAGCGUAUAAAGGAAAAGGUGUUUCUUGUACUUUUAUUCCAAUUAGUUAUCGAUGUUUUCCCGCAAGUACGUAUAAGGGAAACGAGUAUGCUUCCUGAACUUUGUAUCAGCAUGCAACAAACAAGCAUCGACCAAUCGAUAUUUCAUUUUGAUUUAUUCGUUGACUGUGCGAACAUGCGUGUAAAAUAGGAUGAAUCGUCAAACACGAACAGACAGACACGUUUCUUGCGUUUUCGGCGAUAUCGUGGAUUAUUUAUCGAGGAGAACGAGUACCUGUUUGCGUAUUUUAAAAUGCUAAGGUAUUAAAUCGAUUUCCAGCUGAAUAGCGUAAUAACGUGUAAUUAUGCAACAACAUCGAUAAGACGGUGAACGCUAUAGAGCAUAAUAUAAGAGAUACCAUCGUUUUUAUUUUUAGCGACGUUUUAAUUAAUUGAAUACGUAGCAAGAAUUAGCAUUACAAAUUCUACUUGUCUAGAACGAUUAUGCAACGAUUAAUCGAUGAAACGAAACCCGAUAUAAACUAAUUUGUAAAGCUCGAUACGCAGCUAUUACGCAAUUAUUGGAUUUGUAUAUAAAAUGUCUAGUUGCAUAAAGCUAUUUAUUUUUAUAGGAAACUACGAAAAACGUUUAUACUAUUACGAAUAGUUUUUCUUCGUUAUACAGCUGGCGUGGUAUUUUCAAUUUUAUAUAAAAUAUUUUCUCGUCGAUCGCGUGCUCCUGUCGUCAGAUAUAAUAAAACGAGUUCUAAUCUUAACGUCUCACGAUUCAUCCUAUUGCAACGAGAAAAAGUUCGUUCUAUUAUAAAUUCCAUAUGGCGUAUUGGAAAUUACACGACGAAUCGUUAAAGAAAGCAUACAGAGUAGUCUAUCUGGUUGCGAGGACGUAAAAAAUUUGCUUUUAUAAGGAAUAUCUUCGAAGGAAAUAUCGACGAAUGUAGCGAAGCGAAAUGAAAAUUGGAACUCGCGUUUUUCUACCUUAAAACACGAUACUUUUUAAUUAGCAUCAUUAGCUGACUUUCCAUUUGUCAUUUGUAGUAGCUUUGCCAGCCGAUCAUCUUGUAACCGUACGUUUUACUAGCUAGUACGUAUCAUUAGUCGAUGAUCUUGUUUCAGAAUCCUUAUCGCUGAAUUACUUCUGAUCUAGUCGUAUUACUUUUCUCCAAGUACGAUUUAAGAAAUAUACGAAACACGAAGAGCUAAAGCUAACAAAAAGGCUUGGUUACCGUGGAGAAAGCGAUAGAAAGAAAGAAUCGCGUUUGUUCUUAUGGAUAAUUUGAAUUAAGGGGUCUUCUGUGGUUGUGAGAGGAAGAGAGCGAUUUGUUGGCCACUGUUCCGGGAAAAGCGUGUAGUACGUUUAUUCUUACGACAGUUUUUGUAUUUAAUAAAGAUACAUUUGAAGAAUAUUUUGUUAAAUUCUCAUGCGAACGUAUUCAUUUGUUUCACAACUGUGCAGGCUUUCUUCUUUUUUUUACGCCUCCUUUGUAAACGUUCCUAAUUCGCUAGAAUCGGUCACAUCUCGUUCUCAAUUGCAUGUAUUCGAGUUUUGUAUGCCUGCGCGUGUUAUCGACCUGCGAAUUUCUCAAAUGGUCGUCACAGCCAAUGGGUUCCUGUGAUUCUUUAUUCCGUUUAGGUGAGCAUUUACGUGGUUCGUAAUUUCCUCCAAAACCCUGCUAUUUUUAACGUUUCUCUCUUUUCUGUUCCCCUGCCGUCGUCGUUUCGAAAAGCGCCUGACUGCAGGUUCUCAAUUUUUCUGAUAUUCCACUUGGCAAACUCGUCCCAAGUCUGCCCAAGUUCGCAGGCCGAAUAGGUUUGGUCGUGGCCUGGUACAUUCGUAAAUUAUCGCUUCUGUCCUGUUCCGAAGCCAGCUGUCAGCCAGCUGUCAGCCAGUCUAUACAUUUUCUUGUAAUUUUGUAUUUUCCAGAUUAAUUUAUCGCGCGACCGCGAUCCGCGAUACUUAACGAUGCUUGAUCGUGGGAUUUCUUGAUCGUGGAAGUUUACUCGGACAGUCCGAGCUAUCUGCAGUAACAACAGGAUCGUUCGACGCGAAAAUUUCGAAAACGUUUAGUCAAUGCAUCGAUUAAUUUGUCUAAUUGAAGGAAUCGUCCGAUCAAUCUGUCGAGGCCUUUUAGAAAAGAUUCCUUCGACCGAUUUUCAUUUCAAAACGUUCGUACUUCGAUCGAUCGUGGUUCAAAAUGUCGUUUUGAGAAAAACGCGCUCAGAGCGUGGGAUUUGAUUUACACGUAAAAGAGACUCGUUUCAGUUUACACAGAGUAGUCGUGUCGAAACUACCAGGAAAUAUUCCUAAGAAUAGUGUACCUAUACUUGAGAAAAAUAUGAAAAUUCAACAACCAAAUUUUUCGGUAUUCUUAACCACGGAAGACCCCGUUUAAUAUCUAUUUCCAUGUAAAUAAAACGUUUUAAGUUUUAGUAGAAGGAAGUAAAGCAGCAGUUGCUUUUGCUCGGUACGUUUGCACAGUACAGAAUCAAAUGAAAUCGUUUUCUCUUUCUAUGCUUAAGUUUCUAACGUUCGAGCCUACGAGAUUGAACGUGAAAAUCUUUUUCGAGGCAAACUUUGCGACGACGAAUCAUCUUCGGCGAUUCCAAUGAUUUUUUAUUUGGCUGGUUUCAUGGUGGUACGUUGCAUGGAACGUUCGAGCUGCGCGUUUAUCGUCUUUUCGUAUUUAACAAAGGCGAAUUGAUGGAAAGAAAUUUGCGGUUCUUGCUUAAAGAUAGUUUCGCCUUAAAAUCUAUAUGUACGUGUUACGUUAAUUGCCAGUGAAAUGAAACCCAUUUGCGUCAUGGCUCUCCUUCGGAGGAUGGUCCCUAUGACCGAGCGCGGUCGAUCGUAGGUGCAAUAAAUGACAUCAUAGAAAAUUUACCGUUGAAAACGAUUGGUAGACAACGUUGCUUCGCAAACGUCGCAUCUUACGUUCUUUACAACGGAGGAAAAAAGAACAAAUUAUUUAUUUAAGAAAGUAAGAGAUAAGAAAUUAGAUCGUAUUAUUUCUCGUGGAAUUCUCUAAGAUGGUCAGUACGAUAAACUGAUACAGGCGAGAUGCUGACGAACGGGUCAAACGCGAUCUCUCACAUCUGAAGAAUACUUGGCGACUGAAACGAAAAGCAAUCGCAGCGCGCCUAAUAAUUCGCGCUUGGUCGUAGAAGACGGUCGUCCGAUAGCGGAAAAUCCGCGCUUGGAUGCAAAUGGGUUAAAUAGAGCGGAAGCAUUUAUUAAUUUUCGCAAGCUUCACCGUGAGAAGAGAACGUCUAGAUUUCGCUUAGAUCUCAUGACAAAUUUAACGCGGAAUUAAAACAAAAAAGUACCUCGGUGUUAAGGCGUGAACACUUAGCUUAGAAAUGUUUCUCGAUAGAAAGGAUCGACGAUGGAUGAAAUAUCUCUGAUAAAAGUGAGCUACGUGCAGAGAUUCGUACUCGAUUGCCUGCUCGCAUUGUAAACCAGCCUAAUAGAAAGCAACGCAAAACUCGCGACACGUACGUUGCUCCGGAGUUAAACGACCAAACGCUGUAUUUUACUAGUAGAAGUAAGUAACCGAAACGAGAUACGACGGAACAUAGAUUUGAAAAUUCUUCGUGGUCGCUGUGUAUAUUACAAUGAAAAGACAUAGAACGUUCGCGCUCCGAUUCGAUCGAAGCGAAACACGAAGGAGAAACGUUAAGAGAAGGAUUGGGGCGACUCGAGAGCGAAAACCGAUUAUUUUCUCAAACGCGGACCCAUUUCUCGUAGGAAGCAAAUCGAUUCCACUCUUUUCCUCUAAAUGGUUCCAAAAAUGCGGAGCAAAGCACAAAGGUAAUUAAUAUUCAGCCAUUGCUCCGCUCGGCCAAUCUUCUACCACGAUCUGUCCUUUUUUCCAGACGUAGAGCGGUUUUUCCAACGGUUGGAGCAGAAGUCAGGUUUUUCCGUGUCUUGGAUUCCAGUUCAGCCAUAACUAUGAACGUGUUUGUAAUUGUCGUGGAUUCUACGUUUCCGCGUAGCUAUACAGCGUAUCGGAGUAUCGUUUAAAUCUGCCACACGAUUUUCCAUAUUUUCCACGUCGCGACGUUUUUAUCCUUAAGAAAAGAAAAACUUGCUGCGACUUGAGAAAUGAACGAAACCUAAUACAGGUAUAACGGACAAACCUGGUGGUAACGUUAAAGUUACGACAGUUGUUAAAAAAUUAUAUUUACGAAUAAAAAGAAGAAUUUACUGUUAUACGAAUCGAAGGGAGAAUUACGCGAGCCGUAUGUUUUAUUUUAUUUAUCGUUUAUUAUUUAGUCCGUGCCUUUCGACUUUGGACGAACUUUCGGUUUUACAUCUCUUAUGUCUCUUACAUCUCUAAAACUAGGAACUACACAUUAUCCACCAAUGACUAAAAGCUAUUGCAACUUUUGGCUUUAGUCUCCUUGCUGCGCAUCCUUCCUGUCGUUUGCCUUUCUCUUCUCUAUUAUUGCUUUCAGUUCUGUUAGUCCUUCUCCAAUCUCGUUUAGUAUUUUUCUGUGCCCUUUGGUCCUCCCGUUAUUUCACAUUCUUCUAUUACGUGUCUCGGGUCUUCUUCUUUCCUUUUACAUAGUCCGCAUCUUCUUUCCAGUAUUCCCUUGCUUUGGUCUCGUUUCCGCAUCUGAAUCUUUGGUACUUUGGUAACUCUUCUUUGGCUAUUUUUCUAUAACGUUUGUUAUAUUUGGAUUCCCUUAUCCUUCCCCCCCCUCUCUUCUGCUUCCCUCUUUUUUCUUUAUUCUAUAAUUCGCUCUGCUGUCAUCCUUUCUUGCUCCUCUCUUGCUUCUAUCUGCGCCCCUCCCUUUCUCACCUCCUCUAGUCCCUUCUUUCUCUUUCUUGCCCUUUUCUCUUCAUGACCAUUUCCCCAGUUUCCCUCUCUUUCCUUUAUACACUCCUUUACUAAUUCCUUCUUCGAUUCUAGGGCUUUCUCUUCAUACCUUGCUGCUCUUUUUAAUGCUUCUUCUUUUAUUUCUAUUAUCUUGCAUUCUUCUAUUAAUAUGUAAUUUGGUGCUGCCAUAUCUAAGCCUAAUAUCCAUUUAGCAUAUCUUCUUUGUACUUUAUCCAGUCUUUCUUCCACGUUCCAGCCCAUAUCUCUGCUCCAAACUACCUACCUACUGCUACCAGUGCUCCAAACAUCUUCAUUCUCCUUUUGUAGUCCUGUUUGAGUGUUCCUCCUCCCAAGCUCCAUGUUUUCCUCAUUGCUAUUGUUCCGAGGAACGAUAUGUAAACUGUUUAAACGGUUUCAACUAUCGAGCAACGCGUAAACUAUAGCUGAGCGCUAAGAAACGUCGUGAGAAAGGCUACGUCGAAUUUAGAAUGCCGCAGCGAUCUUUCCACGAAUUUAGCGACUAUAGUAAAAUGAAAAAAUGUUCAAAACGUGGCUUAUCUUUCGAGUCGCCAAAUACCUUGUCUCCUAAACGUUGUUUGCGUGUGAAAGCAAGGUAUUUUCAAAGUUUCGGCUAAAUCGGAGCACGGACGCCGAGUUAAUAAUUUUCUGCUUAACGCCUAUCGUAGUUUAAUUGGACGAGUGCCAAACUUACUUAUAAUCCGUUGGAUGUUGUGACAGCGUGUUCUGCGAUUCGUUAUCUUGCCACUGCUUGCGGAUAAAAAUCAAACGACGUAAAAUCAGCGCGCGGAUCAUCGAACCACACGGUAGAAACGAAUGUCUAUCGCGAAACUUCUACGACUAUGUCGUUGUGCUUCUACGUAGAUGUUGCGAGAAUUUGAUACAUCUCUUUUCUUCGACUUGUAACGAAUCUUCACCACUCGCGAUGUUUCUACGCAAGAAAACAGAGAACUGCGCGUUCAGCGUCAAAGAUGUUUUAACUUCUCGCUGUUUAGCUAAAUAACGAAACGCCAAUCUGUUUAACACUAGAACUACCGAUUCUAUUUCUAUCAAAACCAGUGAAAAUGACUGGUCUUUAAAACAUACCUAGUAAUGAUAGAAUAUUUUUAUAUUUAUUGAUUUAUUACUUUCUUACGGAAGCAAUUCCACUUACGUUACGCGGUACACUUUUGCUAUUAUCAAUCCAUCCGGGAUCAUGGUCCCUAAACGAGGCUUGACAAAUUUAUAAAAAUUGUAGAACCGGUCGUUUUGACUGCUGUGGUACUGCUGGCGUUAGCAUUUAGUGUAAAAAUUUAAAAAAUCCGUGGCAAGUUGUACAAAACGAGGAAACUGGUUGACCCAUUUGCAUCGUGGCUCUACUUCAGAGGACUGGUCCCUACGACCGCGCCCGGUGGUCGUAGGUGCAGUGGAUGACAUUCGAAUUGUAGUAUCGCGGGAAUUUAGGUACAAGAUUUUCCCCUGAUACUGUUUAAAAUUUAUAGUUUAUUUACAACGAAUAGAUUAUACAGAUAUUAGUUGGAUUAAUUAGACAGAAAACGAUGGUUGUUUAAUUUGAACCAAGUGCACCAAUCUUACUUUAAUUCCACCACUCUCGCAACUGGACAACGCUAACGACUCUACUUCUCGACUUUUUGUUUUUUAAUGUUUGUUUAUUGAUUCCAGGUUUUUUACAUAUUUUUUUUUACAUGAUUUUUUUCCAGAAUAAACGCUGAAUUCUAAUUGUAGGGUGGUACAGGCAAAAGUACCCAUACGCGACGGUACGACGUAGCCAUGCAUUAUUACAUUUCUUUUUUUUUUGAGAUUAUUAUUGUGCCUUAAAUUUAGGCUCUGUUGCGCUGUGCUUAUGUACGAUAUUUUAAUUUAUGUCCUGAAAGCCUGGACGCACUCUACUCCUCGACUACUCGAUUAACUCUGACCCCUGACUCACUCUCGCUUCUCGAUCAACUCUUUCAAUUCAAAUCGUCCCUCUUCAUUAGCGUUAUUUUUUCCUCUCUCUAAUCCCAUCUUGUUAACGCUCCGCAAGAACUAGGUGACUUUAGUCACAUAGGCUUUUUCCCUAUGUAAACUAACAACCAAAGGACAGACGACAUCGUUUCGAUCGAUCUUUGAUCAGGCUCUUUCCUCACGAUACCACAGAAUUCUUCACGGAGUUUAUAGAAAAUUUACCGUUGAAGCCGAUUGGUAGACAACGUUGCUUCGCAAACAUCGCAUCUUACGUUCUUUAUAACGGAGGAAAAAGAACAAAUUAUUUAUUUAAAAAAAUAAGAGAUAAGAAAUUAAAUCGUAUUAUUUGCCGUGGAAUUCUUUAAAAUGGUCAGUACGAUAAACUGAUGCAGGCGAGAUGCUGACGAACGGGUCAAACGCGAUCUCUCACGUCUGAAGAAUACUUGGCGACUGAAAUGAAAAGCAGUGGCAGCGCUUGGAUGCAAAUGGAUUAAUCGGGUUCGAUAAACUGAUCGCAGCACCCUUUCACGCUUUGACCGGUAUUGGCAUAAGUAGCCUUGAUACAAAAUUAUUUUCAAUUUGAAUACAUAUAGAAAAUGAAAUAAAAUUCAUUAUAUCAUUCUCCCAGCUAUCGUUGCGAAAGUCAUUCCAUCGUUGCGGAAGAAAAUAUAACACGAAUUAGGAAUUUGAAAAUAAAGUUGUAAAACCAGUCAAUUUAACUGGUGUGUGGUAGUUCUAGCGUUAAAUAAGACUCGAACGAUUGCCGUGAUAUGGCCUAUACCGUAUCGAUAGGAUAAGGAGAAGAAAAAGUGUAUUGCGUUGAUACGCGUUCUUUUUCCAAUGUGAAUGUGACACGCACGCAUACUUAGGCAUAUGUACUUGGGUAUUUGAUAAAGAAGCGCGAGUAGAGAAAUACGACGUACGAAAUGAAGUAUUUUACUUUUAAAAAGCAACCUGUAUUGUAUCAUAUACGUACAUAGCAUUACUAAUUACUAAGCUGAUCGGUUAAUGUUAAUCGUUUAGGGGAUGUUAGGCAAUUUGAAACGGUCAACGAAAAGCAAUUGUUCGAUGGUUACACGUAGAUGAUAAGAUUCAUUUGGAAAAGCGAUAUUUCACGCGAAAAACCCUCGCUUCGCAAAAUCAUACGAAUCUUUUCUUUCUUUUUACCGCGUUUGUUGAUUGGUCAUUUCUUAAUCUGUCUCGUUUCAGUAUCGUUUGCAAGUUACAAGUGGCACGAGUAAUCCUUCGUUGAUAGAAUUUACGGAUAACGAUUCCAUUAUCUGUAACUCGUGGUUUAUAGAAAUUUCGUUUCGUCCAUCGAUUAAUUAUUUUCUCAUUUAAAUUCGACGAUUCUUUAACCACGCGAAUGUCAAUUCUCCGUAACACGGUGCUGUUAAGGGGGGGCUAAGGUAAAUUCGUACAAAAAUAAGGCAUGUUUUUGUGAAUUAUUUGCGACGACACAGUUAAAGUUUCUUUAUUAAAACCAAUGGUACAUUAAAGUGUGACAUUCGAAGAAUAUUGCGUAAAAUUUUCACGGGGAAAUAUUCAAAAAUACAGCAAUGGCGGCAAUUAUUCGAACGUGUCUCGGAAAAAAGGUGGAAUUGCGGUGCCCUGAUAACUUGGUGCUGGAUCAUCGGAAAUCAAAAAAUCAAAGUUCAUUCGUUAGAUAACAGUUCUCCCCAGGUAAGGUUGGGAGGGUUUUUCGAAAUUUCAAUUUUUCACAAAUUAGCCGAUUUUGCGAAAAUUUGCGACUAAUUUUCCCUUCAAAGUGUUCCAAAAAAGUGAAAAAUUGAAAUUUCGAAAAACCCUCCCAGCGUUACCUGGGCAAAACUGUUACCUAACGAACGAACUUUGAUUUUUUGAUUUCCGAUGAUCCGGCACCAAGUUACGAGCAAUUCUACUUUCUUCCGAGACACGUCCGAAUAAUUGCUGUCAUUGCUGUAUUUUUUAAUAUUUCUCCGCGAAAAUUUUACACAAUAUUCUUCGAAUGCCACACUUUAAUGUACCAUUGGUUUUAAUAAAGAGACUUUAACUGUGUCGUCGCAAAUAAUUCACAAAAUCAUGCCUUAUUUUUGUACGAAUUUACCUUAGCCCCCCCUUAAGGUAGAAAUUAACGGAGUUCGCAACGACGAUCGACGGAACAGGAUUUUGUGACGAGAAGGUCUUCUUAAAUAGCGCAGAUACUAUUUCCUGCUAGAUACGAAACUUCUCGCUGUCAUCCUUUACGUUUCUUUCUUUCCAUUGUUAUUUCUUUCGCAAAGUGGAUUUCCAAUCGUUAGAAUAGUGGUUUUACAUUUUCGUUCGACGAUCGUAAAUUUUCUCAAUCACGUUAGGAAGCGAAAACGUAACCAAUUAACUUUUUAUAUAAUCAACUUCAUGUAACACACACACACACACACAAAGGAAAACGGUUACGUAUCGUAAACGUAUUUAAAAAACGUAUUUAAAUUCAAAGAUGUUGAAAAGCAUGGAGCGUAAAGAAACGUACAGCUUGUGCGAUGUAACGUUGUAUCGUCGUAAUAUCGUUAUACAACAUCGGUUGUAUAAAAGUUUCCCGAAAUACGAUAGCGAGGAGAUUUGCAUUCGCCAACGAAACUAAUCGAUAGGUAGAAAAUUAAAAAAAUAGUUCGCGAUUCGUAUUUGUAAUCGUAACGUUACACUGCUGCAGUCGGAUUUCUUGAACAUCGCGAAACUGUCGGUUGUUUCGCUAGCGAGAACAACGAAGACGAAAACUCGGAAUUUCAAGUUACACGUGCGAGCGAGAACGUUGGAAACGAGAAUCGAAGCAAACCUUGAUCUUGCCUGUUCUUGCAUUUUACUCUCAUCCAUUUUCCUAAAAGUGCCUACGCUGUUCUAAACUCUUUUCAACGCCACGUUUCGCUGACUUUUCGGCACGUUGUAUCGUCCUUUUCGAUUCAUCCGACGUCCGCCCUCGGCUAAAAGAUUUAGGACGACCGAAACACAUACGUCGCGCGCGUGCACACAGGCGCGCGUGACAAUUGCGAUAUUUGUAUCUAAACCGCGAAUGUGACGUCCUGUUAAUGUAAAAACUCAUUGACGAAAUUCGUUGUUCUAAUCGAAGAACAUGAAGAAUUUGUUUCAUGAGAAGCAAACGUCUGUCUGACGGGCAGGAACGAUUCUAGGAGAUUAGAAUGGUAUCCGUGCAAAUUGUUCGAUUAACUGAAUUUCAACGACGACGCAUCUAACUUCAUCUAAACUUGGAUUCUGUGAACAAACGUAUGUCAAUUGCGAUAUAACGUAACUUUAAGUAUAAAAAAUAAGGAUAUCGAGAACGUUCGAUACGACAGCUCUAGGCAACCAGAUGUACGAGCUUUUGAAAAGUUCUGUAACGCAGGGAUUAUCAAAUUCGAGGAGAGAAAGCGAUUAAUUGACUUAAAGGGUGACGCGUUCUGAAACUAAGCCGGACUCUUGUAAUAUAAAUAGACCACGGAUUUCUUUGCAAAUUCUUAUUUUUUAGAAUACCACGAAAGAAAAAGGAAGAAAAUCGAGGCAUCGCGCUUUGGAUAUUUCGCGUGUCUUUUCACGUUGUGUUGGUCCCGUGCAAUUUUCCGUAUUCAAAUUUCCUACAAACGCAGGAAAAUCCGCCGUCUAUUUACAAACGUACGACGAAUUUAAUAUCCACUUUGCGUUCCGAGAUCGUUUUCUAUUCCGUGAAAUUUCUCACCAGCUCUCACAUAUUUUCCAAUAACAGAAAAGUUACACGCUUAUUCGAAAAUGUUGAAACAAUCGAUACAUGAUAUUUGGGUGGCUCACUUUGUCAAUGCGAAUGUUUUUGAGCGCAUGUUACGUAUGUAACUUGUUUAUAGAGAACAACAAAUCGACAUCUUGUAUUUCGCACUGAUGCAAUCAAACUCAUAAAAAUGUAUAAAUAAAUGUCUGAAUUUCC